ACCGAUCGACAUGGGGCGCCAUGGAGCACGAUGGAGCAUCACGAAGCAUCAUCGUCAUCCGAUAUCACCGGAUAUCACCUUGGCCACCUCAGAUUGCGAUUAACGCGACUGCCACGUAUAUGUCCGUAGACUCGUAUCUGUCAUUGAUUAUCAGUAGUCGCCACUGCUAUCAGUAGCUACUACUAUUUUGUCAGUAAUUGCGAUCAUGUCAUCGAGCAGUACCGAGCGGGAUGUCACGUCUCCACCGAGUAAAAAAUGAUGAUCUGUGCGAAUGUAUCGGAGCAGGCACAUCAUGUGUCCAGAGCAAAACGGGGGCAAGCGAUCGGCAGUAUUCGAGGUUUUCGUGGUUGCACAGUAUGGCUAACUGGUCUCUCAGGUGCUGGCAAGACGUCCAUAUCGUUCCAGAUGGAGGCUAUUUUGGUGAAUCAUGGUAUUCCUGCCUACGGCCUAGACGGUGACAAUGUCAGGAGUGGACUAAAUUGCAAUCUGAACUUCACUAAAGAGGACAGGAAGGAGAACAUUAGAAGAGUGGCUGAAGUAGCAAAACUGUUUGCUGAUAGCGGACAAAUUUGUCUGUGUAGCUUUGUGUCACCUUUCGAAGAGGAUAGACAAAUGGCAAGGCAAAUUCAUAGAGAAGCUGAUUUACCCUUUUUCGAGGUGUUUGUAGAUACGCCCUUGCAAGUUUGCGAAGCUCGCGACACUAAGGGCCUUUACAAGAAAGCACGCCAAGGCACUAUUAAAGGUUUCACCGGCAUUGAUCAAAUGUAUGAGAGACCCGCGAAACCUGACUUAGUUGUCAAAACUGAGAAUUGUACCCCGGAAGAGUCCGCUUCAACUGUAAUUGAGCUUUUAGAGAAGCAUCAUGUCAUUCCACAGCUAGAAAAACCAUCGGACCUUAUCAGGGAGCUUUUCGUGCCAGAUUCCAGGCUAAUUUCCGCAAAAAUGGAAGCGGAAACUCUACCAUGCAUAGAGAUCAGUCAACUCGAUGUGCAAUGGCUGCAAGUGCUGGCGGAAGGAUGGGCAAUGCCAUUAACAGGCUUUAUGAGAGAACAUCAAUACCUUCAGGCCCAACACUUACGAUGUUUACUCCAUGAUGGCAAAGAAGUAAAUCAAUCGGUACCAAUUGUCCUUGCAAUAAGCGUGCGUGAUAAAAGUCUCUUGGAAGGUUCUCUCGCUGUAACUUUGAAAUACAGGGAAAAGAAUUUGGCCAUUCUACGAAAACCGGAAUUUUAUUUCCAUCGAAAAGAGGAGCGUUGCAGUUGGCAGUUUGGUACUAAUAACUUAGGUCAUCCCUAUGUCAGGAUGAUUCACGAUUCUGGAGACUGGCUGAUGGGCGGCGAUCUCGAAGUAUUAGAGAGGAUUCGAUGGCAUGAUGGACUCGACAAGUACAGACUUACGCCAAACGAGAUCCGUGCCAGAUGUCGAAAAAUGAAAGCCGACGCCGUGUUUGCUUUUCAGCUAAGAAAUCCUAUUCACAACGGACAUGCGCUGCUCAUGCAGGAUACGAGAAGACGAUUGUUGGAGGAGCGAGGUUUUAAGAAUCCGGUACUGUUACUGCAUCCACUGGGUGGCUGGACGAAGGAAGAUGAUGUAUCCUUGUACACCAGAAUUCUGCAACACAAAGCUGUUCUGGACGAGGGUGUGCUGGAUGCCAAUUCUACCUUAUUGGCCAUCUUUCCCAGCCCGAUGAUGUAUGCUGGACCGAUCGAGGUGCAAUGGCAUGCAAAGGCCAGGAUGAACGCUGGUGCAAAUUUCUACAUUGUAGGUAGAGAUCCUGCGGGUAUACCACACCCAAACAAAGAUGCUACUCCCGACGGCAAUCUGUACGAUCCCACUCAUGGUGCCAGGGUACUCUCCAUGGCGCGAGGUCUUGACAGUCUUGAGAUCAUUCCCUUCAAAGUGGCCGCAUAUGACAUCCGGAAUGGCAAGAUGGCAUUCUUCGAAUCUGAGCGCAAGCAAGACUUUGAAUUCAUCUCGGGAACAAAGAUGCGAAGAUUAGCACAGAUAGGUCAGAAUCCUCCAAAUGGCUUCAUGGCACCUAAAGCUUGGCAAGUACUCGUGCAAUACUACCAAAGUCUAGACAAGAAGUAAAUUUGGACUCGUUAAUAAAAAAAUUUAGUUUUUAAAGAUUUAGACGACUUUAAAUGGAUUUUAACAAAUCCAAUAAACUAUAAUUUGAGGCUUAAUUACUGAUAAAUAUACAAGAUUGUAUAUUUAAAAAAUUAUGAGAAAGAGAAAGGAAUCUUUCUUCUAUUCUUUUUUUCUAUUUUUCCUUCCCUAAUUAAAGUUUUGAUAAAUUUGAAAAAUUGAUUCAAAAAUAAUCACGAAAUUUACAAGUUGAAGAAAGUACGAUCAAAUUAAAACAAUCUGUAUAAAAAAAAA